GGUAAGCGCUGUUGUUGCCGAAGCUCCCAUUCUCACUGCUGGGAUUUUACCGCCGUGGGAUCAAACGAACGCUGGUUAUUUUUAAUUAUUUUAGGGAUGUCGCUGCUACAAAUGGUUUCCCGGUGUUUUUAAAUGUGUUUUACUGAACCCGUGUUGGCACAAACGUCCAGCGAGCCGAUGUUGGCUAACAACUAGCCUGCUAACACCCGCCGAGGACGACGAGCGCAUCGUUACACACCGGGAUAACCUCCGCUGACUCGCGUCGUGUAAGGUGUUCGCUUCUUGCUCGUAGCUGUGUAUCUACGACCUAAUGACUAAAGCGUCAGUUCUCUGUCAACACUCAUGACUGCGAUAGUUGAAGCGGCUUUUCUGCUCCGCCUCUGGGGCUCGGAUGUCACGGCGGCUAGCCUCGGCGGAGCUUCGGGCUGAUUUUGAGGAUGGUGCUAAAACAGGCUAACAUUGCUCUGCGCGGAAAAGUGAGCGCAAGAAAGUGAGGAAACACUUUGAGCCCAGUGGGAGUGCUCAGUUUUGUUUAUGUUAAUUGCAAUUCCGGGCCGGAUGACGGCUGGGACGAGCCCGACAACCAUAAAAAACAAGUCCAAUGAGCCGAGACUGGGAAUAUAUAUAUAUCGGUGACAGAUCGAAGGGAUUAUUUUGUGUCUCUUAAGUGGAUUUCGGCCUCCUGUUUCGGAUCAUCGUGGGAACACACAGUAGGUGUUUUGACAUUGAGUGAUACUCCCCCAGCGACCUUCUACACCCUCUAAUGCGGAGGUUUCAGUAGCACCGGGGAGCGAACCCUGCACGGCGGCCGGACAUGCUGAAGUGUAUCCCACUGUGGCGCUGCAACCGCCACGUCGAGUCGGUGGACAAGCGGCACUGCAACCUGAAAACAGUCCCUGAUGAGAUAUUCCGCUACAGCCGCAGCCUGGAGGAGCUUCUCCUCGAUUCCAACCAACUCAAAGAGCUGCCUAAGCCUUUCUUCAGACUACUGAACUUACGGAAGCUCGGCCUGAGUGACAAUGAGAUCCAGAGACUUCCUCCUGAGGUGGCCAACUUCAUGCAGCUGGUUGAACUGGACAUCUCCAGAAAUGACAUUCCUGAGAUCCCCGAGAGCAUUAAGUUCUGCCGGGCCUUGGAGAUUGCCGAUUUCAGUGGAAACCCCCUCUCCAGGUUGCCUGAUGGUUUCACUCAGCUCCGAGCACUGGCUCACCUUUCCCUCAACGAUGUGACGUUACAAACGUUGCCCGGUGACAUUGGGAAUCUGGCCAACUUGGUGACGCUGGAGCUCAGGGAGAACCUGUUGAAGUCUUUGCCCACGUCACUCUCUUUCCUGGUGAAACUGGAACAGCUGGACCUUGGCAGCAAUGAACUGGAAGUUUUGCCGGACACACUCGGAGCUCUCCCCAACCUGAGGGAGCUGUGGUUAGACCGUAACCACUUGUCUUCAUUACCACCAGAGUUGGGAAACCUUCGACGGUUGGUUUGUCUGGAUGUCUCAGAGAAUCGACUGGAGGAGCUUCCUUCAGAGCUGAGUGGCCUCUUGGCUCUCACCGACCUGCUGCUCACACAAAACCUGCUCGAAGUCAUCCCAGACAGCAUCGGUUGUUUAAAACAGCUGUCCAUUCUGAAGGUGGACCAGAACCGUCUGACCCACUUGACUGACUCGAUAGGAGAGUGUGAAAACCUCACAGAACUUGUGCUGACAGAGAAUCUUUUACAGUCACUUCCUCGUUCGCUGGGCAAGCUGAAGAAGCUGACAAACCUGAAUGUAGACCGAAACCGCCUGAACAGCGUGCCCAAAGAGCUGGGCGGCUGCGCCAGCCUCAACGUCCUCUCACUGAGAGACAACCGCCUAGGCAAGCUGCCCUGUGAGCUGGCAGAUGCCACAGAGCUGCAUGUUCUGGACGUGGCUGGAAACAGAUUACAAAACCUGCCUUUUGCCCUGACAAACCUCAACCUGAAGGCCAUGUGGCUCGCAGAGAACCAGUCACAACCGAUGCUCAAGUUUCAGACAGAUGCCGAUGAGCAAACAGGAGAGAAAGUGUUGACCUGCUAUUUACUGCCCCAGCAGCCUUCACCGAGCCUGGAGAACUUGCUGCAGAACAGCAGGGAUGAUAGUUGGACCGACAGCAAUCUGAACAGAGUUUCAGUCAUUCAGUUCCAGGAAGAGACCAAAGCUGAUGAAGAGGAAGAUGAUGAUGAAGUUGCUGCAGAGCUCAGAGGCCUCCAGCGCAGAGCCACACCACACCCCAGUGAGCUGAAGGUGAUGAAGAAGGUGAUAGAGGAGAGGAGGUAUGAAGCCUACUCCUCCAGACCUGAUGGAGAAGAAGAGUCACACAACCCACAGGAGAAUCGUCUCAGUGACGUUUCCAAUCAGAGCCACGACUCCCAGGCUUCAAACAGCACCCUGUCAGCCACGUCCCAUGAAGACAGAAAAAAUCUGGCUGUUACCUCACAGAGAGAAGCUUUUGUGGAUCGCCAGUCCCCUCAGGAGGAGGAAGACUUGGAUGAGAUGGAGGUGGAGUACAUUGAGCCAACUGUGCACUUUGCAGAAGAACCCAUCAUCCGUGAAGGGGAUGAUGAUGACAGGGAGAACGGCGAGAGGAGUGAUGAGGAAGAUGAGAGCCCAGCUGUUCCAAUGGAGAAGCAGCGGCUGAUCAGAAAGGACACGCCACACUACAAGAAGCACUUCAAAAUCACCAAGCUGCCCAAACCUGAAGCUGUGGCUGCACUGCUGCAGGGCUUCAGUCCCGAGGGGCUUAACUCUGCAACACAGGCUGAAGACGAGGAGGAGGAGGAAGAGGAGGAGGAGGAGGAGGAGGAGAGUGUUUGUACCCCUCAGCACCAUCAUAGAAUAGAAGAACUGGAGGACAUCCAGAAUCAGGGAAACUCCAGUCAAGUAAAGGGGGUGUCAUUUGAUCAAGUCAAUAAUCUGCUGAUUGAACCUGCUCGAAUUGAGGAGGAAGAGCACUCAUUGAUCAUUGUCCGACAAACGGGUGGUCUGGGCAUCAGCAUCGCUGGAGGAAAAGGAUCUACGCCUUACAAAGGAGAUGACGAGGGAAUCUUUAUCUCCAGAGUAUCUGAAAAUGGUCCUGCAGCAAGAGCAGGGGUGAAAGUUGGAGAUAAGCUUCUAGAGGUAAAUGGUGUAGACCUUCAUGAAGCUGAGCAUCACACAGCGGUGGAAGCUCUGCGUAGCUCCGGUGCUACAGUUUCCAUGACUGUACUGAGGGAGCGCAUGGUGGAGCCAGAGAAUGCCAUCACCACCACACCGCUCAGGCCCGAGGACGACUACUUCCCACGGGAGAGGCGGAGCAGCGGCCUUGCCUUCAACUUGGAGACCAGUCCCAGCGGACCCAGGCAGCGAUUCUCCACCUGUCUGAUCCGCAACGACAAGGGCCUGGGAUUCAGCAUUGCAGGGGGCAAAGGCUCUACACCUUACCGUACAGGAGACACGGGAAUCUACAUCUCUCGGAUUGCAGAGGGUGGAGCAGCGCACAGAGACAGCACACUGUGUGUCGGAGACAGGGUGAUUUCUAUCAAUGGUGUAGACAUGACAGAGGCCAGGCAUGACCAGGCAGUAGCGCUCCUUACUGGCACCUCCCCCACCAUCUCACUGCUGGUGGAGCGAGACCCGAGUGGAAGUUCUCCGGGCCAGAACAGGAGACGUGCCCACUCUCCUCCACCGCCAGAACCCUCAGAUUCUCCAGACCAGGAGGAGGACGACCUUCAAGAGAACCACCUGGGGAAAAUGGAGGAUGAAUAUCCCAUCGAGGAGGUGACCCUGGUGAAAUCAGGUGGGCCUCUUGGACUGAGCAUCGUUGGAGGUAGUGACCACGCCAGUCAUCCUUUUGGCAUCAGUGAGCCCGGGGUGUUCAUCUCAAAGGUGAUUCCUCACGGUCUGGCGUGUCAAAGCGGCCUGCGUGUUGGAGAUAGAAUAUUAGAGGUGAACUCCACCGACCUGCGACACGCCACUCACCAGGAAGCCGUACGUGCCUUGCUAGCCAACAAGCAGGAGAUAUGCAUGUUGGUACGAAGGGACCCCUCACCACCUGGAAUGCAGGAAGUUUUGAUCCAAAAGCAGCCGGGCGAGAAGCUUGGCAUCAGCAUCCGUGGAGGGGCCAAAGGUCAUGCUGGAAAUCCCUUCGACCCCACGGAUGAAGGCAUCUUCAUCUCUAAGGUGAGUUCGACAGGAGCGGCAGCACGAGACGGAAGACUGCAGGUUGGCAUGCGCAUUCUAGAGGUGAACAACCACAGCCUCCUGGGAAUGACUCACACAGAGGCGGUGCGAGUUCUCCGUGCCGUCGGAGACUCUCUGGUCUUGCUGGUGUGUGACGGCUUCGACCCAGGAAAAGUUGCAACUGUGGAGGCAUCUCCUGGGAUUAUCGCUAAUCCUUUUGUGACGGGCAUUGUUCGUAAGAACAGCAUGGAGAGCAUUUCUUCUAUAGACCGAGACCUGAGUCCAGAGGAGAUGGACAUAAUACAGAAGGAGUCUGAGAUGGUGAGAGAAACGUCACAGUGGGAAAGAGAAGAGAUGGAGAAAGUGGAGCGCAUGCGUUUGGAGCGUGAGGAGGCAACUCGCCUGCUAGAAGAGGAGACGGAGAACAUUGGCACUGGACCUUUAAAACUUGACUACAAAACACUGGCUGCUCUGCCCACCACCAGUCUGCAGAAAAUCAACAGGUUCUCGAUCUCUGUUGCUCCCAUGGAGGCUCCGCUGCAGGCCGAGUGCGGGUCUCCCUUAAAGCCCACGAGCUUCGGGUUGAGUCAGCCCACCAAACCUCUGAGUCCCACUCUGAACACAGACCAUGAUGAAGACCAGUGCUCCCCAAAUGAGAUGUCCACCAUCGACAGUUGUGGUUCCACAACAGCAUCAUCGUUUACUCCUGAAGAGGAAGAGGAGUGCUUGGUGGACUCGCAGCCAAUGUGCUUUAAAGAAAACCCUUUCUUAGUGGCUAAUCGCAAAGGGAGGGGUCGUCCUUCUGGAGAGCAGAUCCUGUCGGGACCUCCGGUGGGCUACGGCCGGCAGGGGAAGCUGCAGCCCUGGUUGUUCAACAAGGUGCCUUCUUCCGACUACACCAGGACGGACAGUCCGAUCAGAGAUGCACCUUACUCUCCAACUAUCCAGCCGCCCAGCCACCACUCCUCCAACAGCUCCCUGUGUGCAGGCAGGGAGACCCGCUUUGCAAACGUUCAUUUCACCUCCACUCCCACUGUCAAGGACAACACGUCACCAUCAACACGACCUGGUGCCAUCCAGCCAAUUGGCCGAGCGAAGCCCAGCACCUCCCCCGUCACUCCGGAGGGCCGUAGUCCUAACCCCUUUCAGCAUGGCCCCUCCCCAUUCAACUCCCAGACCUCUCCUCGCGCCCCCUCCCCCUUAUCGCCCGACGAGUUUCCAUUGAAUGUCAAGCAGGCAUACAAGGCGUUUGCCGCCGUGCCUCGUUCACUGGCUGUGCUGGAGCCACCGCAGGACUUAUAUGCUGGGAGGAACAAUAUCCACCCAAAGCAACCUUCUCCAGAGCUUGAGAUGAACGACGAGGUGUUUGUUAAUAAAAGUGCUGGUCAGGAUCUGACCAGUAAGGUCUCGCCCCGGUCCUCCCUCUCAUCUGAUCGGCGGGAGUAUAUGAGCCUGGCAGCAGUGCCUCGCCUCUCCAGGCUGUCCUUGGACCUGCAGAGCCCUUCUCCCGGUGGCAAGGGCAGUCCAGAACAGCGCUCGUUCAGGGACAGGCAGAAAUACUUUGAGAUCGACGUGAAGCAGCAGACGCCAGAGAAACCAAAACCCAGGGUCUCCCUGGUCGGAGAGGACGACCUCAAGAAAAUGAGGGAGGAGGAAGAGCGUAAGUUUGAGCUGCGGGCACGGGAGUACCUGAUGGAUGAAGAUGAAGACGAUGAGGAAGAAGACCUGGCUAAGCAGGUGGCGCAGAUGAAGGCUACAGGAAAAGUCUUGUUGGAUGGAGUAGAGUACAAUGUGGAGCCAGUGUCUGCCCCGUCGCAGCACUGCUCCACACCUCCAAACUACAACAUCCCAUCCAGCUAUGGUGAAAGCUCAGGAACUUCCUCUGUGGACGGUAAAGAAGACGCCCAAAGGAAUUCACUGGAGGACAGUUUCAGGCACGACCAGAGGCCUAACUCUAUGACUGGUCUGAUCUCGGCUCACCCCGAAGAGUUGUCCGCCCCCAUCCGCACGGCCAAGGCAGAACGAAGACAACAAGAGAGACUUCGCAUGCAGAGUCCUGAGCUGGCUGUGGCCCCCGACAAGGACCUGUCCCCUGCAGAGAAACGAGCUCUGGAAGCGGAGAAGAGGGCCAUGUGGAGGGCAGCACGGCCUUAUGGCCUCGAGGAGGAUGUUAGACAGUAUGAGCAGGACCUGGCAAAGAGGCUCUACCAGGCCAGAGUGAGGGCCGCUCAGGGCGCAGCUGCACCCCCCCAGCCCCAUUCUUCCUCCUCUGCCUCCGCCUCUGCAACCUCCCAGCUCAGGAUGAAGUCUCUGGAACAAGACGCACUGAAAGCUCAGAUGGUCAUUGCCAAGUCUCGAGACGGAAAGAAACGUGGGACGUUAGACCAGCUGACGGAGUCGCCCUCGCCUGCUCCAACACCUUCUCCUACUCCAGUGGAAGAGCUCAGUCCUCGAGCACUAACCUCACCGGGCAGGCUGUCCCUGUCAUCAAAGAAGUUUGACUACCGACAGUUUGCCGCCAUUCCUUCUUCCAAACCCGUAUACGACAUCCAG